CAAACCGAGGCGUUGUCUUCGCUUUGAAAGUUUAAACCCUAGCACUAGGAUACGUACGUCCGUAACUUCUCCCCCCGUUGAUGUCGCGCUUAGUUUCUCGCGUUGUUCAUAUGAGUACUGUCCGUCGGGCACUGACAUUUUUAGCUGUAGUAUCAGUAUCUAGGUUCCCCCUUCAUUCAAGUUUUCUUUGCUAAGUCUUAGACUUUCGACGGACCUCUUGCUGCAUAGUUUUGGCGCGUAUGUGUAGUACCCAUUAAUGCAAAGUUUAGCUUUAGGGAAGAUAGGGAAUACAGGCGCGCAAAAAAGUACCGUUGAACAGUGCAGCUACGAACGUUUGUGUGCAAGAGCUGCGUCGAAUCUUUGUGUUGCCUUUAGUUUAACGUAGGACCUAACAAAGCGACUAGAAAAGUUAGGUGUAGUAGUGUUUCAGUAGCACAAAUAAAAAACAACCACGCCAAAGCUCCGCCUUAUCAUGUUGUGCCUGUUCGAGUUCGUUUGAUUAUGUUGCUGCAUUGAUUCCCCAAGACUCUGACUCAAUGAAUAAUUAGCUUGUGGAAGAAACCCGAAAAAAGUAAAACACCUGGCGCUGCAAGGAUAGCAAUAGAGCUAUUUCCAUUCUCGUCAAGAAUCUUUCAAACAAAAACAACUCAACCGAUAGAAGAAAAAAAGCGAGAAAAGAGGGAGAGACUUCUUCUAGAAAAAACCUUUCAAGUUGAAAAGACUAAGAAAUUCGUGUUAAAGAAACUCUUUGUUGUCCACUACGUACCGCAGGAAGCAAAAAGAUAGAUUCGAACAGCCUUGACGAACACCUUUCACGACACGACCGGACUCAUUGUUCAAGGUUUCCUGCUUGGCUUCAAACCCACGUCGAUACUAUUUCGAAGAAGUUUUUUCAUUGGAUUCCGACACGACAUACCGGCGCAGCAGCAGGUACGUCCGCGGUAACUGAAAAGCAUCAAAUAGUGCGAGCUCGGAUUUGAGGUUGAAGACUACUUCUUGCUGUGAAAGCAAAGCAGGGAGAAAGGAAGAGCCACCUGUGGACCGUCGAAAGCAGGCAGAAGCUAGUUGGGAUAAUUGGGCUGCAAGUAGUAGUUCACGAGAAGUUUUUAGAAACCACCACCGUCCGCACAAGAUGUACGUCGCAGGAACGCCAGAAUGGAAGCUGCCUUCCAUCUCGGUGGAACAGCUGAAGAGUCAGGCCCCGCAGCAGGUCUCGGCCGCCCAAAUCAAGCUGAACUACGGGCUCGUCUACUUCACCUCAUCGCUCGGAUUCUACGCACUCUGGGCCAGUUUCCACGACAUUGGGCUCUCAACCCUGUUGACCUUCUCCGUGCUGAUUCAGGUACAGAAUCUGUGUUGGAGGUGAUGCAUCUGGUGUGUGAUCAUGAUGAAAUGAUCACUAUGAUGAUUGGCGAACCAUCAUGGUGCUGAUAGAUUGCACCAGCAUCCUACGAGGGAAAAAAUCAUAGAGAGAUGCAUUCAUGAUUAUUUCGCUGCGCGUAAAAAUCAUCAAAACAGAGUCUUGCCCUGGUGUGCCUCUUGACGGCAAUACUAACGAGGAGAUCCGUUGUUGGGAUAAGUGCGCUCUCCAUCGGAAUGCAGGCACUCAGCUUUUUCCUCCGACUCGGGUCCACGUGCUGGCUGCGGGGUACAAACUAUUUUCAAGCUUUAUGCUUGUUGUGCAUGUUUGACGUCCCGAUACCAUGCGGUUCUGAUAAAUAUCUAGUACGGAAAUUUUUUUGGCGGGUCAAAGGGUGUGCAAAUACUGAAUCCAACCUCAGGUUACAUUCCAGUGGACAGCACGGGGGAUUGCCUCUACCAGCUUGCGGAUGUUUUUGCCUUCUCUGUCUGCUGCCUCAUUGUCUACCUCUGCACGCACAAAUUCAAGAGCACCUAUGACGUAUAGAUUGACAAAUGUUCUUGGUGUUUAUGGUUUUGUUCGACCUGCCCAACACUUUCGAGAGUAUCUUUCAGUAUGUCAUGCGAACGAGCAUGCCGUUGCCGUCCGACAAUAAUCAUGCCGCGUAGUUAGCGUCUGCGUCGUGGGCCGUACUGGCUUUAGUUCUAUGAUUUGCCACCAUGAUGAUAAGUAAUCGCUGAAAAACGUGAACCACUUCUGGUACUACGACCCGUAAUUUUUGUGAAAACGACCUCAAACAGGAAAGCUGCGACCAAUUUCCAGUGUACCCAACAGUGAUCGGCUGCCUUAUCGCUGCUGCCCUCGUCCACCCAGACCUGAACAACCGACCAUUCUUCGAUGGACUUUGGUAUCAACAAACUGAUUUGAUAUUUUUUUAUUCAAAGCUAAGCUGUGUAAGCAGCAACAUCCGGUCACAAGCCUCUGCAGGAGGAGCGUGACUUCUACCAUUACUGUCUUCUUUUAGGAACACCGCGAAGUGAGAAUCACAAAUGAAAAAGCGCUCAUGAUAUUCAAAAAAACAAAUCUUCAACCCACAGGGCCUCCUCCUUGUACGUGGACGUUAUGAGCACGAUGCCGCAGCUGUACAUGAUCCACAAGCAGGAAGGGAAAGUCGACGCUUUGUCAGCACACUACGUCUUCCUGGUUGCAGUGUCAAGAGCAAUGGACACGGUGUUUUGGUAUAGGACUCUGAACGAUAAAUUAUUUUUUUUCCCGAUCCGGAUCCACAUGAUUACCUUCCGUGCUGCUAGUGCGAAGAAACAACAGUGUGUGAUAGAUUUAGAUAGCGGUUGUGUGCAUUCGAUGACUACACAAUGAUAUAAUAAUUUUAUGCCCUAGCGCUGAAGUUGUUUAGUAGGCCGUGAGCUUGACGCUUGAUUUUCAUCAUCUUGCUUAGGUACUUCGGUUUCGAAGAGCUCGCUCCGGAGAACGGCGGUUUCAACAUCAGUGGGUGCACCGUGCUCGGCGCAAAUCUUCUCCACAUGGCCCUGAUUUCCGACUUCGUCUACUCCUACGUAAAAAACGUGUUGGCGGGAAAGGUGAUGCACCGCCAAUUCGAUUUCGCCAGCAACGAAAAAGUGGUCUUGGACGUCGUCUAAGUAGUUGAUCGUCGUCUACGCGAAUUUCUGUACCGUUAGCUGCUGGUCGGUGCACAAAAUUAAUCUCGAGAUGAACAUGAUAAACACAACUACACAUGUACCAAGCAAGAUGAAGCGGCCGUUGCAGUUCGUCUUGCUGCAAUGAAGCGAAAAUUCGAAGUUAGUGCCAUAUCCUAAUCCUGAAGCCACACUUGUACGAUUUCUGUCGUGUCGCGUAGUUCGGACGAGUUUCGAUAGCAACGAAAAAACGCAUUUGUAAAACGCGUUGUGUAACCUUGACCACAUCAUGAAAUUAAAACUUGAAUAGCGAAAACCUCAUGUAGAUGCAAGACCAAAAUAAAACAAAAACUAACUAACGAGAGGAGAAUGCGUUUACUACACCAAAGAUGAAGUUGCAGCACUGAGUUUACAGCCCUCUUGAAUUUUUUCGCUCGCAAGGCAACUACUAUUUCGAAAAUAUCUCGUUGGAGCUUUUCUUUUCUCGCACGGUGUAUUCGCAUUUUUGCUUUGCGAACGAGAUUUAACUGUUGCGAAGGGGGAGCUUCGUUUUCGAAAGUGUUUUAUGACGAUUGAAACCUGUACCAAAUUUUCUGUAGGUCUGUAGCUUUUACACAUUUCACUAUCCGUACACUGUGUUGAUAACAAACUCGCUGUCUGUAACAACGAAAUUAGCUUUCCAAGAUUUCAACUUUCUUUGUACCUAGUACCAUUUGCGAGCAAUUUCCUCGACUGCGCCUUCUAACUCUCUUUGAAAAUAAGUCUAUGUAAAUUUGUAGCAGAAACUAGUUGUCAUUUCCAAUUCACUUUGUCUAAUUUCACUUUGUUGAAUCAUAGGCCGCUAUGAUUCUUCAUCGCUUCUCAAACUUUCUACCUUUCAAGAAUUCAGGAACCUUGCACAAAAUAAGUCACACUAUUUGCGAAGCGUGUGACUUGUUCAGGUCACUCGUCAGAGGAGAAAAAUUCCCUUGUAAAGAAGCCUUCUAGAAGGCUUCGUAACAAAUGAACCGAGGAAGCGGAUGAUGUGUCAACAGACUUCUCCGUCUUGUUUUCGCACAAAAAAUUUGCGCACCACUAGCAUUUAAUGUAUGUACACAUCCACAACUACGCUGACACGACAACCCCUGCUGGCGCAGCUCUAAUAUUAUUGAAAUAUAUUGAAGAUGAAACUUCUAUCUUGUAUUUGACGAUUUUGCGCAACUCAAGCUCGUUUGUAUCUGUCGCAAAAAUCAUCUGAGGAUUGUCUUCUACCUUUACGAUGUAACCUUCUACUUCUUGUACAGCAGCUGACAAGCUUUGUAAUUGUUUGAUGUAAGCACUUAAACUCAACACCUAAAAGGAUUCGGGCGGCGAGCUUGCUACAACGACCUGUGGGCGUGUUCUCUAGGCUGUCACUCUUUUCGUACGUAACGAUUUAAUAUGCCGGCGCAUG